AUGCCAGGAACCCAAUCCUUACCACCACCGGAACUUCCAAACCUCGUCGCUGAACAACAUGUUCCAAUCCCUUCAACCGACAAAGAUACCCCGAGGAUGAUCGUUGUCCUCUCCAACGCCAGUCUUGAGACGUACAAAGCAUCCCAUGGUGGCAACAGACCCGGUACUCGAGAUGAGAAGUAUUCAUUACUAAACAGCGACGAGCAUAUUGGGGUGAUGCGCAAGAUGAAUCGCGAUAUCAGUGAUGCUCGACCGGACAUCACACAUCAGUGUCUCCUCACUCUUCUCGAUUCCCCGAUCAACAAAGCUGGGAGGCUACAAAUCUUUAUCCACACUGCCAAAGGCGUUUUAAUCGAAGUCAGCCCCACUGUCCGAAUCCCACGUACCUUCAAACGAUUCGCAGGUCUCAUGGUUCAACUGCUUCACCGCCUAUCGAUCCGAUCUGUCAAUUCACAAGAGAAGCUAUUAAAAGUCAUCCCGAAUCCGAUCACUGACCACCUACCGCCGAAUUGCAGGAAGGUUACUCUGAGUUUCGAUGCAGAGUUGGUGCGAGUCAGGGAAUACGUGGAGAAUUUGAGGCCGAAGGAGAGCAUUUGUGUGUUCGUGGGAGCAAUGGCAAAGGGAUCCGACAAUUUCGCCGACGAGUUUGUCGACGAAAAGAUCGCGAUCAGCAAUUACAGCCUGUCGGCCAGUGUCGCCUGCAGCAAAUUCUGCCAUGCGGCAGAGGAUGUUUGGGGCAUCAUCUAG